AUGGUUUUGAUUCGCAGCAUUGAUGUGUCACCUUCCAUGGUGAACUGCUCAUGUGCAUGGGCAUCAGACUAUCAACAGCUCAGUGGACUGUACCACUGCCCUCAUACAGGCGCUGUGAUCACGAGAACAGCUACUUUGGACGGUUUUGAAGAGGAUGAAAGCCAUACAGUAGCGUUCAUGAAGGACUCCCUUUCGUCCCUUAAUUCGUACGGAUAUUCCCCCCAUCCACUGUAUACAUAUCUCGCAUGGAUUCAGGAGUUCUUAGAAAAAGGAUCGUCUCCCAAACCAUUCAUAAUCAGCAUCACAGAGUCUAACGCCGAGAGGCUUUCCGAAAUGUUAGUCACGAUACAACAGCUCCGCGCGUCAAAUUCUACAUGGCGCUCUCGCAUUGCUGUCGAGUUUAACUCUAGCUGCCCAAAUAUCAAAGGUCAUCCUCCGCCCUCAUACCACCUUCCUUCUCUCAGGCCAUAUCUCGACGUCUUCGCAAAGGCUUUCCAAGAUGACUCAACGCUUACGAUUGGGCUCAAGCUCCCGCCGUACAUCAUAACAACCCAAUUUCAUGAUCUCAUCGACUGCAUCUCGUCUUACACCCGCACCGAUUCUGGUAACCCCACAAACCCAAUCGCCUACUUCACGUGCACAAACACCCUCGGGAACAGCCUUGUCUUUGCUGAUCAGACCCCCACCCCAGAUGCAAAGACGGACAUGUCCCCGUUUGCCGUGCCUCCAGGUUUGGGUGGCCUCGCAGGCGAGGCUAUUCAUGCUCUCUCCUUAGGGAAUGUGUACACCUUUUCGCGACUUCUUGCGGAGUCAGAUGACCCGGCGAUGCGGGAAAUUGUCAUCAUUGGCGCUGGGGGCGUGACAUCCCCAGAAGCUGUUCGACGGAUGAAUCGUGCCGGUGCAAAGAUCGUAGGUUGUGCAACGUUGUUGGGUAAAGAGGGCGUCAGAGCCUUUGAGAUCUUGUCUGGAAACUUGUGA